UCUUUAGAGCCCCGGGAAUCGCAAUCUCUCUCGUCUUUCGUCCUUCCCGUCGUGCGAAGCCCGAUCAAACCCUAGAACGGGAAAUCUCGAAUUCAUCUCCAAUGGCGCCCCCGAGGGUGGGACGGCUACUUCUCCUUGUUUUCCUCCUCUCCUAUGUCCUCACUGCUUUCUGCGCGAAGAGUUAUUACGAUGUGUUGCAAGUAUCGAAGAGCGCGUCGGAAGAUCAGAUCAAGAGGGCGUAUAGGAAGCUCGCAUUGAAGUACCAUCCUGAUAAGAAUCCUGGGAAUGAAGAGGCGAACAAGAGGUUUGCGGAGAUUAAUAAUGCUUAUGAAGUGUUAUCGGAUCGAGAGAAGAGGAGUAUUUAUGAUAGGUAUGGCGAGGAGGGUUUGAAGCAGCACGCUGCCAGUGGAGGUGGUAGAGGAGGGGGAAUGAACAUUCAGGACAUUUUCAACAAUUUCUUUGGUGGUGGUGGAGGUGCGGAAGAAGAAGAGGAGAAGAUUCCAAAAGGUGAUGAUGUAAUUGUUGAGUUGCAUGCCUCUCUUGAAGAUUUAUACAUGGGUGGCUCACUAAAGGUUUGGAGGGAGAAAAAUGUUAUCAAGCCAGCCCCUGGGAAGAGGCGUUGUAAUUGCAGGAAUGAAGUCUAUCAUAGGCAAAUUGCUCCUGGCAUGUUUCAACAAAUGACAGAACAGGUCUGCGAGCAAUGUCCAAAUGUGAAAUAUGAGAGAGAAGGGGAUUUCAUCACUGUUGAUAUUGAGAAGGGAAUGCAAGAUGGCCAGGAGGUGGUAUUUCAUGAAGAUGGAGAGCCUAUUAUUGAUGGAGAACCGGGAGAUUUGAAGUUCAGGAUUCAUACUGCACCUCAUGAUCGAUUCAGAAGAGAAGGCAAUGACCUGCAUAUGACUGUGACGAUCUCACUGGUCCAAGCUCUUGUUGGUUUUGAAAAGACGGUCACACACCUUGACGAACAUUUAGUCGAAAUUGGAACCAAGGGAAUCACUAAACCGAAAGAAGUGAGGAAGUUCAAAGGUGAAGGAAUGCCUCUACACUUUAGUAACAAGAAAGGUGAUUUAUAUGUCACUUAUGAAGUCUUGUUUCCGAAAUCACUGACUGAAGAUCAGAAGACUAAAAUCAAGGAAAUUCUUACCUAAUUAACACGGACGUUGUUCUUCGCCCCGGGUCGGUCUAAUACAUCGUCAUCCAUGUAUCAUGGAAAGUUCAUUUUGAAAGGCAUACAUGAUGCAAAUUAUGGAAAGCAGAGAUAUGUAUGAUGUUAUCUAUUGUAAUCCUGAGUUCCAACUUCCAAAUUUUUGCAAAUGUAGUUAUUUCCAUUGAAUUUCUCAAGAGAUGUUAUAGAGAAUGUUAAUCUAGUGACCAUAUUUGUUGUGGUUCAAUAUUAUUCACAAGAAACCCAAUGAAUUUGUUCUGUUAUACUUU